AGCACUGACCAGUAUCCGCCAUUUUGUCCAGCGGCAGGAAGAUCGUUUCUCUAAAAUCUGAGCCGGUUUUAAGGAAGAUUCGGCGUUUUGUCGACCCUACAACAACAGAAACACACAGAACAAAACAAGAUGGCGACUGCCGGAAGCACCGAAUCCAGCAGUUCCACAGCCUUUUUUGUCUAUCCUGAAACGGGCCUUCGAAGGAAGCUAAAGCUGAAGGAUGCGACGCCUAAAAAGCUGAAACAAGCUCUGAAGCUUCCGGGUUAUCCUGUCGUUCUUGUGGACACAGAAGAGGACGAAGCCAUCUUCUUAGAUGGAGAUGGAAAUGACAGCCUGUUCUCCAGCUUAGUACCCAACAAGGAGUAUGAGGUUCAGGUUGAAGAUGUGGACACCACUGAAAUGGCUGAGAGCUGUGAGAUUCCUGUGGACGACCUGCCGACAGUGCCUCCAGCGAACGAGACAAACGAUGAAGAGCAGAACUUGCCCGUACAUGAACAAGGCUGUAUGGAGCAGAGGCAGGACUUUACACAGCAGAUAGACAGGGUUAUACAGGGCCUUACAGAGGGGACGGAUACAGGCGAACCGGGCCGUACAGAGCAGACAGAUACAGGCGUACAUGUGCCGGGUACAGAGCAGACAGAUACAGGCGUACAGGGCCGAACAGAGCAGACAGAUACAGGCAAACCGGGCCGUACAGAGCAGACAGAUACAGGCAAACCGGGCCGUACAGAGCAGACAGAUACAGGCGUACAUGUGCCAGAUACAGAGCAGACAGAUGCAGUCGAACAGGUACAGGGCCAUACAGAGCAGACAGAUACAGGCAUACAGGGCCGUACAGACCAGAUGGAUACAGUUGCGGUAAAACGUACUGCGGAAAAUCGCUUCGUGUGUACGGAAUGCGACUACAGGGCAACCUCGAAGGCUAACCUGGUGAAGCAUAUAAGGACACAUACAGGUGAGAAGCCCUAUAAAUGUGGACACUGCGACUAUUCUGCUGCUCAGAAGAGUACUUUAGUCAGACACGUGGCGAAACACACCGGAGACAAACCCUACAUGUGUGAGGAGUGCGGAUACAGAACUGCUGACCAGUCUUCCCUAUCCAAACACUUGUGGACUCAUACAGAAGAAAAACCCUACAAGUGUGACCAGUGCGACUAUUCUGCUGCACAGAAAAGCAAUUUAGACAGGCAUGUGGCUAAACACACUGGACACAGACGCUUCAAGUGCGACCUGUGCGACUAUACUGCCCCACUGAAAGCUGAUUUAAGGAUUCACAAGAAACACAAACAUACAGAGGAGAAACCCUACAAAUGUGACCAUUGCGACUAUUGCACUACACAGAAAGGUACAUUAGACCGACACAUGUCUAAGCACACUGGAGACAAACCCUACAAGUGUGGCGAGUGUGAGUACAGGACAGGUGACAGGUCUAGCCUAAUCGUACACAGGAGGACCCAUACUGGUGAGAAACCCUACAAAUGUGACCAGUGCAACUUCUCUGCUGCGCAGAAAGGCAAUUUGGACCAGCACAUGGCUAAUAAACACACUGGAGACAAACCCUUCAAAUGUGACCAGUGUGACUUUGCUGCUGUACGGAAUUCCGACUUAAAAAGACACAAGGCUAUACACACAGGAGACAAACCCUACAAGUGCGAAGAGUGCGACUAUGCAGCCACACGAAAAAGCGAUCUAAACAUACACAUGGCCACACACACUGGAGAAAGACCCUACAAAUGUGACCAGUGUGACUUUUCUGCUGCACGGAAAGGCAAUUUGGACAAACAUAUGGCUAAACACACUGGAGACAAACCCUACAUGUGUGAGGAGUGUGGAUACAGGACGGGUUACAGGUCUUCUUUUUCGCAACAUAAAAUAAUCCACACUGGAGAAAAACGCUACAAGUGUAACCAGUGCGACUAUUCUACUGCACAGAAAGGCAACUUAGCCGUGCAUAUGGCUAAACACAAUAGAGACAAACCCCACAUGUGUGACCAGUGCGGCUUCAGGACAGCUUACAGGUCUGCUCUAAACAGACACAUGAGAACCCACUCUGGUGAGAAACCCUACACGUGUGACCUGUGCGACUUUUCGUCCGCAUGGAAAGAGCAACUGAACAAGCACGUGGCCAGACACUCGGGUGCAAAACCCUACAUGUGUGAGGAGUGUGGGUACAAGACAGCUGACAGCUCUCACUUAUCCAGGCAUAAGAAAACUCAUACUGGUAUGAAACCACAGAAAAGUGACCAGUUCAACCAAGAACGUCCAGGUCCUGACGACCAGUUCAACCCAGGUCCUUGGUUCAACUGA